UGGUGGACGCUGUUGGUAGGACCAAUCAUAGAGAGACUUACUCACAGUCGGCCGAAUCAACAUGGCGGCUUUCUGAGUUUAUGAAGAAAAGCUAAGGUGUAAUUCAACACUCUACACAUAUGUUCGUUAUAUUUAAGGUUUUAUUUUUGUCAUUGAUGACUUAAUGCACAGCAGAAAGAAAAUGUCAAGUGAAGGCAAUAAGAAACAGUUCUGGAAAAGAAACACAGCUAAGGUCCCUGGCAGCAUACAGCAUGUGUAUGGAGCUCAGCAUCCUCCCUUGGACCCUCUCCUUCAUACCAAGCAGGAAUUUGUUAAAAGGCCCGCUGAUGUUUAUUUGGACUCAUCACCUACACAUUUUCAAAUCAAACAAGGAUGGCCUGAUCAAAGAGUAAAGUCUGAUACCUUGACUCCUGAAAAAGGACAAGUCAUCCUAACAGCAAAUUUAAUCAAAGCUGGAAACAAGCCCCAGCUGACCCCAGGUAAACCAAAGAAAGCCACCACCUUCCAGGAGUUUGAGAGCAUCACCAGUGAUGCCUGGGAUGUUGGUGAUGAUGAUGAUGAGCUGCUCGCUAUGGCUGCUCAGAACCUGAACAUUGAGGUUGUCAUGGAGACGGCCAACAAAGUUAUUGAGAAUCACAGCAAGCUCCAAGAGCGACAACAGCUGCAGCAGGAUGAGGUGUUUGAACUAGAGGACAAAGAGGAGGAAGAGGUGGUUCAGGAGGACGCUGAGGAGGUUGAUGGCGAUGAGGAGGAAGAGGAGCGCGAAGAAGCAGCUGAGACUGCCGCAGAGCUGUCCUUCAGCUCAGAGGCUGGUUCAUACACUGACACUCGGCUGGUGAAGUCCCUCAGUGAAGCCCCUAUUGGCUCACCAAAGGAGCUGGAAGGUGAGCCGGCUCUAUACCGGCAGCAGUCCCUGCCCCACAGGCCUAUUAUCCCGAUGGUGGCUCGAAUGGCUGAUCAGAACACCUCAGGAACCCCUGCCAUGUCUGAGAGGGAGGCCUCCCGCCUGGACAAGUUCAAACAGGUCCUCGCUGGACCCAACACAGACCUUGAAGAGCUGCGGAAGUUGAGUUGGUCUGGGAUCCCGCGGCAGGUCAGGCCCAUCACGUGGAAGCUGCUCUCAGGCUACCUCCCCGCCAACGCAGAGCGCAGGGAGAGCACGCUGCAGAGGAAGAGGCAGGAGUACUUCGGCUUCAUCGAGCAGUACUACGACUCUCGCAACGACGAGCACCACCAGGACACCUACAGACAGAUUCACAUAGAUAUCCCCCGGAUGAGUCCGGAGAGUUUAGUGCUGCAGCCCAAAGUCACCGAGAUUCACAUUGACAUACCAAGAACUAAUCCUCUUAUUCCUCUCUUUCAACAAGCUUCUGUGCAAGAGAUCUUCGAGCGCAUCCUCUUCAUCUGGGCCAUCCGACACCCCGCCAGCGGCUACGUGCAGGGCAUCAACGACCUCGUCACGCCCUUUUUCGUCGUUUACGUCUUUGAAUACAUAGAGGAAGAGGUGGAAAAUUUCGAUGUUUCCAGCCUGCAGGAGGAAGCUCUGCGGAACAUCGAGGCGGACAGCUUCUGGUGCAUGAGCAAGCUGCUGGACGGCAUUCAGGACAACUACACAUUUGCGCAGCCAGGAAUCCAGAGGAAAGUGAAGGCGCUGGAGGAGCUGGUCAGUCGGAUCGAUGACACGGUGCACAUCCACCUGCGGCAGUAUGAAGUGGAGUACCUGCAGUUUGCCUUCCGCUGGAUGAACAACCUGUUGAUGAGGGAGCUACCCCUGCGCUGCACCAUCCGACUCUGGGACACCUACCAGGCUGAGCCCGAGGGAUUCUCCCACUUCCACCUGUACGUGUGCGCAGCCUUCCUGGUGCACUGGAGGAAGGAGAUUCUGGAGGAGAAGGACUUUCAGGGCCUCAUGAUCCUGCUGCAGAACCUACCCACCAUGCACUGGGGCAACGAGGAAGUGAGCGUUCUCUUAGCCGAGGCCUACCGGUUAAAGUUUGCCUUCGCCGACGCGCCCAACCACUACAAGAGAUGAGGGGUGGCCACGCCCCUCUGCACAAACACUGAUGACUCCGAUGGCCCUCCGCCCUCCCCCCUGGCCCCAGCCAAUCAUGUUUGAGAUUAAAGGUGUGGGUUCUGUGCUCUAGAUUGACCUUACUCCUCAUGCCCCUCCUGUUCCUGUGUUCACACUCCAGCGUUAACCGUCUUAAUUACCGGCUCAUUUAACAUCCGUGAUGAUGUCAAAAUGGAGUCCUAUCACAAGCACACUGGCAAAGUGUUUUUUUUUUUCUUUCUUUCUUUUCUUUUUUUUUUCAUGCCUUAUAAAACCAUGUCCUCCUCCACUCUUGAGAUUUCCAGGCAACAGGAGAUUUACAUGCUACGAUACAUUAAUUGCUGUAGUUAAAUUUCUCAUGCAAGGAUCCAGGCAGAGUGACUGACUGACUCGUUAGGAAAAACGAACUGACAUGCAGCAGUAGAAAGAGAAGAGAGUGGGAGGGAGUGAACAUUGGCCAGCACUGGAGUGCCAAGCCUGACCAGACGAACCCAGACGAACCCACCCUCCCUGAUGAAACCUCUGAGGACCCACCAGUCAAAAACUGACACGUUUGCUCCCAGCCACAAUGCAUUGAUUGCUGAACCGCAAAAAAGCUUAGUCUGCUUCCAGCAGAAUUGGUUUGAGGCAGUAAUCAACCCUUACUAAAAACAAAAUGAAUAAUAAAAAUGAAUCUUCUACCUGAUUGGGAUAACUGAAUCCACCCUAAUCUUCAUCUCCUGAAUGACAGGAAUGACACACUUUUCUUUUAACCUUGGACUACCUCAGGAGCCAGUCUCAAUGGACUUGCAGACUUGAAGUGGAAUGGAAUGUGUAUGGAUGCAAAGGUUUACAGGAUCACGAUGAUCAUACCAGAUUCAUAUUCAUUCCACUCACAGGGGACAUUUCAGACCAUGGAGCAACCUUUGAAUUUGCCUUAAUCUGGCUGCUUCUUGUGUUUGAAUGAGGGAAGUCAGGGGAGACUCCGUUGCAGGAUCCGGGUGGGGGG